AUGCGACUGGAGGUUUGUCCAUCUGGUUUGAAAGCGACGACAAGACAGCAUGGAUUGACUGAGUACUGGUCACAUCGGAUCAGUUUCUGUUCAGCACCUCAAAGUUAUCCAAAGAUUUUCUGUUGGAUUUAUCGACAUGAGGGACGAAAAAUGAAACAUGAACUUCGAUGUCAUGCAGUGAUUUGUUCCAAAGAUGCGCAAUGUCAGGAAAUUGCGACUUUAUUGAAGCAAAACUUGACCAUUGCACUCCGCGAGUUCAAACGAGAAAAGAUCAACAAACAAAAUGCUCGUCUGAGUUUGGCUAAUGCCGCAAAUGAAAACCCUUCGAUGCCUUAUCGAAAGAUUCUUCUCAGUACAGGUGGAAACAAUUAUCGGCCACCUCUUGAAAGAUCCAAGUCAGCACCAAAACUUUUUGCAAUCGAAGAGAUAAUCGAUGAAGAAGAAGACGAAGAAGAUUGUGACGAAGAAAUGAAAGUGAAGAGACAAGAAGAGAAGAAGAAGCAGGCAGAUGUGAAGUCAUGUUGUAAAGAAGAUUAUUUGUAUCCGUCAGUGACAUUGGGAAGACGACGUUGCAGACGUGGUCACUCGAUCAGAAAGUCUCGAUUACUUCGUGGCUCGAUUCUCAAUAAUCAGAAAUCAUUCCCGCCUUCCAAUGUUGCGACGAUCACGAGAAAUGAAACGCCUGAAGUUGUCGACGACGAGAAUCUCUGCAAGUCGAUCGAAAGUGAUUUGAGUGUUUCAUCAGUGCCGAAUCAAGAAUCACAAAGAAAAUCACUCGGCGGAUCUGAUGAAGACUUCGAAAGUUUUCUGUUGUACAAUAAUUAUGAUUCCAAAGAACCGCUUUCUGCUGACCUUUUAUCGUACUUCGACAUGCAACUGCAAACGCCCAACACUUCGAUGUUGAUCACAUCAACUACGAUGAGCAUGUCUGAUCUAUCUGAGAACGACUUGUCACUAAAGAACCAACGGAACAGCAUGAGCAUGUCAGAUUUAAUCGACUAUCAAUCAGACAAUGAACUCGACGAUGGAGAAUCUUUAGUGGAAUCGUUUAGUGGCAAUUUCAACUUCAACCAAGAUUCAAUGCUUGAAACACUCCGACAACAAUCAAAACCCUCGAACGAUGAAAAUGAUCUCCAACAGCCUCUCAUUCAUCAGACGAAUGAUUCGACUGUCAGUAUCGGAACGAACAAUAAAACUUACAUCACAAAGAACGGAACUUUGACAAAAGUUGUAAAUGGAAAUGUUUUAAGAGUUGCAAAAUCCAAUCAUGAUGAUGAUUCUGAUGAGUUAAGUGAUGAGUCGGGAUACGUUGAAUUUCAAGAUAUUUCACUUAAAUCAUUUUAUGCUUAA